UUAGUGAACCUGCUUUGCAGGGGUUGAGCUCCCACGCGCUUAAUCCAGUAAAAGGACACACUGUGCCCCUGGGCGUUUAUAACCCUCCUACCUGAAGCACGUCCCUGAGAUUCCAAGCUGCUAUACCUUAGAUGGAAACCUUGUUGAACGGCCUUUCUAGCAAGAGAACGAAGUUGUUAGUGCUUCGAGGAAUCAUUUAACAGUUACUUAUAACCGUUAUAUAAAGCAUACACUUUAUCAAGAUGGGUCGAUGGGCUACAAUAACCAGCGCCCUCUUGCUUUUGGUCACCAUCGUAUGUGCCGAUAUGAUGCGCAAGAGCAUAGUUUUUGAUAGCAAAACCCCUAAAGUGUUCUACUGCCCCCAGGAGAAGCCAACUGGAAUGGAAAAGAUGUUUGUUAAGGCUCGGCCAUUGGAUAAACUGUGCGAGUUUGGAGGAAAAGGCAUUCCUAAAGAUUAUCACUCAGAUUGUUAUAAUGAUGUAGAUGAAACCGAGUACGCAUGUGCAGAAAAAAGUCGCAUUAUGUUGCGCUUGAAUCCACCAAAUGUGACAGAAACCAGCACCACCAAAGCAAGUGUAACUGCUCGCCCUGGUGGUAAAAGUAAGAAAUACUGAUUUACUAAGACUUGUUCGCUUGCUUGGGAAGUCAGCAUCUGUUCAAGGCAGCUAUUGUUCUAAUCAUAGACUAUAUGUUUAAAAAAAAUCCAAGAUUAUAUAAUGCAGCUACUGAUGUUAUUGUUAACCUGGUUUAUUUGUUCAAUGAGUAUAUUGUUCAAAGGAAAUAUUAAGGUGUAAAUUUAGUGUAUCGUAGAAUGGAAAUGUAAUUGAAAACUUUAGAGCUAUUUUUUUUUUCGUGUAAUUAACGAUUUGUAUGGUACUAAACUGUGGGGAAUUGUUAAUAAAAACACUACUUUUAUUA